AUGAUAGCUUGUGGAUUUGGUCAUACGGAAAUAGUAAAGAUACUGCUAGACAGAGGAGCAGACUGUAAUAUAUUAGACAGGAAUGAUGAGUCACCCCUAUUGAAGGCUUGUGAACUUGGUCUCACUGAAAUAGUAAAUAUUUUGCUAGACAGAGGAGCAGACUGUAAUAUAUUAGACAGGAAUGAUGAGUCACCCCUAUUGAAGGCUUGUGGAGCAGACUAUAAUAAAGGUGAUAGUAGUGGUAAGUCACCUGUAAUAAAGGCUUGUGAAAAUGGUCAUACAGAAAUAGUGAAGAUGUUGUUAGACAAAGGGGCAGACUUUACUACACGUAACUUGAUGGUCCAUUCAGCUUUACUGACUGCCCAUUUACGAGGUCACAGAGAUACAGUUGCUCUUAUUAAUCAACAUUUCAGUCAAACACAAAUUUGA